AUGUUCCUCGUACUUCUCGCCAUUGCGGUGGUCUCGCCGACCCACGGCCUGCGCGACAAAGAUGCCGUGGCGGAACUUCAGUCUGAUUUGGACUCUUCCGGAGGUCUCUGCCGAAAGAAGAAGGGACAGAACGCGGUCUAUGUCGAUGCUUGGGGACGCCAGCACAGCGCCCUGGUCCAGGCUGUAUCAACCUGGCCCGGAUGCACCUACACUGUCGUGCUCUGCGAUGAAAGCACCCAGCAAGCAGGAUAUGAUGCCGCUUGUGGAAGUGGCAGCAGGCGCAACUGCAUCAGCGAUGGCGACGCAGAAGGGAACCCCAUCGAUGAGUUGCCUAAGGAAGAGGGCGGCCUCAUCUACGAAGAUGCACAGGGCUUGCAGUGGAUGGAAAUCACGCAGCCCGGGCAUUGGCCUCAAUGCAACUACGCGGUGAAGCUAUGCGACGGUAAGAACGUUUCUGCCAGCCUCAUGUGCCAGUUUGGUGAAGCUUGUCUGAGGCCGUUCGACUCCUCGAAAGUCCCGAAGCAGCCGUACUAUGGGCGCGGCGACCGUGUGGACAUUGAGAUCCAGCCUUACAUCAAGCAGAAAGGAAUCGUCACCGGCAAGGACGCGAUCUGUGGUCUUGCGAUACAGACUUGCACGCGGUGGAUCCGCCUCGGAAAUUGGGCCUUGUCGCAGCAGCCUGGCCUGGACCGGGGCAACCCCUUCGAUCCUGGACUAGGCUGCUGCACGCGCAAGGAGGGAGUCAUCACGGCCCGGUGUCCCGCACCCUACGCGCUUCGCACUCGCGGAGAGCCGCCCGAACCGCUUGCGAUCCAUUCCAAGUACCACUACCGCGAGCUUCGGCGGGAGGUGCCUUAUUGCGGGGCAACUAUCAAGAUUCACCAGAAGAUCCCAUGUGUGUACCGAGUGAAGUUCUUUGACGACUACGAGGUUGACAGUGAUGAGGUGUCCGAUAUCUCUUACGACUAUGAGUCGGCUUCCGCUCGCAACAGCGCCUUCCUUCACAGCCUCGAGCAGAAUCCAGAAGUCCGUCGCAAUCUCAAGAGUAUGGGUAUCGAUUGCGACCAGCGGGAUUGCGCCGGCUCUCUUGUGUGGAACAUCCCCCGCAUCGGACUCUAUGAAGACGCAUGA